AUUCCUUUGCUGCAAAUGUAAAUACACGAAAAGGUAAUACACCUGAGGAAAAGUUUUCUUCUCCAUCGACCUUGCUCUUUGUUUUUCUUAUUGUUUUUACUUUCCUUACAUGGUAUCACAGAGCCAUUGAGAGCUCGUAUUCAUGGAGAACCUUGACUUGUCUUCCCCACCAACUCCCCCCAAAUCUCACUCAGACCUUGACACAAACACUUUGAACUGAUACUCAAAUCUUAGCGACCCAGCCAACCCCUUCUGCCUUGACCAUGGAGACAGCCCUACCAUCACCCUUGUUUCCGAACUGCUCACCACAAAUAAGUAUGAAACUUGGUCUCGUGCCAUGCGCAGGGCUCUCCGUGCGAAAAACAAACUUGGGUUCAUCACCAGCUCUCUUCUGAAACCAACUGACCCAUCCGACCCUUUACUUGAACCAUGAGAGCAUUGCAACGACAUGAUUGUCUCAUGGAUUCAGAACUCAGUCAGCCCUUCUAUUAAAUCUAGCAUUGUGUUUGUGGAUGUCGUCCAGGAAAUGUGGCUGGACUUUCAAGACCGAUUUUCCCAGCAAAAUGGCCCUAGGAUCUUUCAACUCCAGAAAGCUCUCGCAGGUCUCCUUCAAGAUCACGAUUUGGACUUACACUCUUGGACAAUGAUUGGGAAGGGUGAGCUAAGGAAUAGCCUCUACCACCUACUCUGCACAGCAGUCCCUCCUUCAGCUUUAGCCAAUUUCCUUUCACAGAAUUCUUAUAAAGAUAUUCAAGUUUUUAACAUUACUAGACCCGUUACACAUAUUGUCCAUGGUUCUAACCUUUGGCAUUAUCGCCUUGGUCACUUGUCUUUGUCUCGUUUGCAAGGACUAAAGCUAAAACCAGAAAGUGUAUUGAAGCUUUCCACAACUUAGUUGAAACUCAGUUUGGUGUCAAAAUUCAAGUUCUAAGAAGUGAUAAUGGUGUUGAAUUUCUAAUGAAGGAUUUUUUAAUAAAAAGGGCAUCAUUCAUCACAAAACUUGUGUUGAAACCCCUCAACAAAAUGACAUUGUUGAGAGGAAACACCAACAUUUAUUAAAAGUCACACGUGCCCUGAGAUUUUAGGCUGCUUUACCUUUAGAAUUCUGGAAUGAGUGUAUUUUAACAGCCACUUACAUCAUUAACAGACUUCCAACCCCACUUUUGGCAAAUAAAACCCAUAUGAGCUUCUCUUUAAUACUAAACCAGCUUAUGCUCAUAUGAGAGUCUUUGGCUCAUUGUGUUUUGUAGCCACUAUUUCCAGCGGUAGGAAGAAAUUUGACCCCCGAGGUCGCCAAUGUAUCUUCCUUGGUUAUCCUUUUGGAACCAAGGGAUAUAAACUUUUAGAUCUUCAAACUCACUCCAUUUUCAUAUCACGAGAUGUUGUCUUCCAUGAGCAUAUUUUUCCAUUCCAACAACCAUCUUCCAUCCCUUCUCAACCCCCUCCAUCUGCUCCUAUUUUCCAUCCCAACUUCCCUACUCCUUGUAUUUUUCCCACAAAUCUUCAUCCCCCAACCUUUCAAUCCACCGCUGGUCCUUCACUUGAUAUCUCUACUAGCUCUAUUUCCCCACCUGAUACCACUUCCUCAUCCCUUUCCCUGAACCUUUCCACUGACACCACUCAUACCCAGCCUUCAAUUUCCCCCCUUCGAAGGUCCACUAGACUUAGGACAGCACCAAAAUACCUACAAGAUUUUCAUUGCCAACAAGUAUUGCUUAACUCAUCUCACCAAUCGGGUUCCAAGGUUCCUGCUGCUCCUCAUGGUAAGCUUUUUCCUUUAUCAAAUUGCAUCUCCUAUCAAAAGUUUACCCCAUCUUUUCAAGCUUUCACUUCCUCCAUUUCAAUCCAUUCUGAAUCUACAUCUUAUAAGCAAGCUUUAAAAGAUCCUAGUUGGUGCCAACCUAUGGAAGUUGAAAUUUUAGCUUUGGAACAAAACCAUACCUGGAACUCCGACUACAACGGUAUAUAUAUAAUUUUUAAAGAAAUGUAAUUUCAUCUAUUAGGGGUCCAAGAGUUUGAAUGAAGCGACUUCAUUUCAUUUUAAGUGGAAUGACGUCGUUAUGAUGGAAUCUGGGCCCUAAACCAAAUUCUCCUCUUGUACCCCCCUCACUUUCAUGUCCCUCUUCUCUCUCCAAUUGUUUCUCUCCGUUGUACCAUAAGCCACCUUUGUGAUGUUGUUACCCACCUUACCCUACCGUGCAAAGGAUUUUCCAGUGCGAUGGUGUAAGCAUUUUUUUUCUUUCAAUUGAUUACUUAAUUUUGAAAGUUGUGUAGGGUUUGAGAUAGUUUAGAGUUUUCCCAUUUUUAGGGUUUCUUGUAAUUCCACUGUUAUAUCCUCUUUUUUUAAUUCCACUUGUGAUAUUGUGAGAUGUGAAAUGUGAAAUUUUUUGAAUUUUGUGAAUGUGAAAUAUGAAGGCUUGUGGAAUGCA